UCUCUCAUUCUCUUUCUCUCUAUAAGUAUGUAUUUCCGUGUUGUAGGGUUCAUUAACUAGCUAAAGUUCAUUUCCUCUCCAUCUCUCUUGGCGGGUGGUGGAGUAGUUUUUUCAAACAAUGGCGAAAUAUACUCUAGCUAAGCUCUUAAUCCUCCUCCUGAAUUUGGGCACUUUGCUUUCUUCUUUAGCAAAUUACUGUCCACCUCCAGAAUAUCCUCCAAAAUUCCCACCAAAACACCCUCCAGUGGUAAAACCACCACACCAUCCAAAACCUCCAAAACACCCUCCCCAUGUUAAGCCUCCGGUGGUCAAACCACCUCACAUCCCGAAACCGCCCGUCGUAAAACCGCCUUACAUUCCCAAACCUCCCAUUGUCCAUCCACCUCACAAACCCAAACCACCCGUCGUCAAACCGCCUUAUAUUCCAAAACCACCCAUUGUCCAUCCUCCUUACAUUCCUAAACCACCAGUCGUCAAACCUCCUCAUAUCCCAAAACCUCCCAUUGUUCAUCCUCCAUAUGUUCCAGUACCUCCCGUCGUUAAACCACCUCCUUAUGUACCUAAACCACCAGUCGUCAAACCUCCUCAUAUCCCAAAACCUCCCAUUGUUCAUCCUCCAUAUGUUCCAGUGCCUCCCGUCGUUAAACCACCUCCUUAUGUGCCUAAACCACCCGUCGUUAUCCCACCGCCAAAACCACCAGUCGUUUCUCCUCCCUACGUACCUAAACCGCCCGUCGUUAUCCCACCACCAAAACCACCGGUCGUUUCUCCUCCCUACGUACCUAAACCGCCCGUCGUUAUCCCACCACCGAAACCACCGGUCGUUUCUCCUCCCUACGUGCCAACACCACCUGUUGUUAUCCCACCACCGAAACCACCGGUCGUUUCUCCUCCUUACGUGCCAACACCACCUGUUGUUAUCCCACCGCCGAAACCACCUGUUGUAUCUCCUCCUUACGUGCCAACACCACCCGUCGUCAAACCUCCACCGACGCCUUAUGUACCCGUACCGAGCCCGCCGGUCACUAAGCCGCCGCCGCCGCCACCGACUGGAACACCAUGUCCUCCACCACCGCCGAAAGGACAAGAGACAUGCCCCAUUGAUACACUGAAGCUGGGUGCUUGCGUCGACGUGUUGGGUGGUUUGAUUCACGUCGGCAUCGGCGGCAGUCCCAAAGAUACUUGCUGUCCGGUAUUGCAAGGAUUGGUGGAUUUGGAUGCUGCUAUUUGCCUUUGCACCACCAUUAGAGCUAAGCUUCUGAACAUCGAAAUCAUCUUGCCUAUUGCUCUUAAUGUCCUCGUUAAUGACUGCGGCAAGCAUCCUCCUGAAGGUUUCAAAUGCCCCGCCAACUAAAAAAAGAAAAAGGCUUUCUGGCUAGCUUUGUUUUUUUUUUUUUUUUUUUUUUUCCCUUGUAAUUUUUAGUUGCUUAAUCUUCGUUCAGGAUUAUGUUUGUGUUUGUUUCAUCAGCUGCAGAGAAAUAAUUAAUUUGCUUGUGAAAGAAAGACAGAAAGAAAACAAAGAAAGAAAAAGUGAAGCUUACAUAGAGCUUAAUUUGAAGAAGAAAAAAAAACAGGGGAUUUUUAAUUAAUGUUUUUGUUGGAUGUAAUACGUGAUGGAAAAGUGUAGAUCUUUGUGAUGUUUAAAUGUCUGUUUAUUUUCUAAUUUUAAUCUGGAAACAGUGAAUGCUUUUGACUGUUUUAAUAAUAAUUUGCAGAAGAAUUAUUAUUACUUUUA